AUGGAUCUGAAUCUUUCAAAGCACCUCGAGUGCCUUUCGCAAUGGCCUACUCACCUGGCCCCUGGUUUGCCGACCGUCGGUGCCUUGUUGCUUCUUGCAACCGGUGGCCUGGCCAUUGCCUGCAAGAUCUGGACUUUCUUGCGAGUGCUUCUGAGUCUGUUCGUGCUCCCGGGUAAACCGCUUCGUUCCUUCGGUCCUCCCGGUAGCUGGGCCGUCGUCACUGGUGCCUCCGAUGGCCUGGGCAAAGAGUUCGCGCUGCAGCUUGCGCGCGCCAAAUUCAACAUUGUGCUGGUAUCGCGAACCGAGUCCAAGUUGAUUACUCUGGGCGAGGAAAUCACCCAGCAAUUCCCCGCCGUGCAGACCAAGACCUUGGCCAUGGACUUCUCGAAGAACGCCGAUGAGGAUUACGCUGCGCUGAGCAACUUGGUUUCCGACCUGGACGUCUCCAUCCUCGUGAACAACGUCGGCCAGAGCCACUCCAUCCCCGUUCCCUUCGCCCAGACCCCCGCCUCCGAAGUAGCCGAUAUUAUCACCAUCAACUGCACCGGUACCCUCCGCGUCACCCAGCUCGUCGUUCCCGGCAUGAUCCAGCGCCACCGCGGCCUGGUCCUCACCAUGGGCUCAUUCGGCGGUCUCCUCCCUACUCCUCUUCUCGCCACUUACUCCGGCAGCAAGGCUUUCCUCCAGCAGUGGUCCACCGCCCUGGGUGCCGAGCUGGCCCCCCACGGCAUCGACGUCGAGCUCGUCCAGGCUUACCUCAUUACUUCCGCCAUGUCCAAGGUCCGUCGCGCAUCGGCUUCCAUCCCAACUCCUCGUGCCUUUGUCCGCUCCGUUCUCUCCAAGAUCGGCCGCCACGGUGGCUCGUCCGCCUACGCUUACAGCUCGUCUCCAUACUGGAGCCACGGUCUCAUGGCCUGGUUCUUGACUUCCGUUGCGGGGCCCAUGAACAAGGUUGUGCUUUCGCAGAACAAGUCUAUGCACGAGAGCAUUCGCAAGCGUGCUUUGCGCAAGGCGGAGCGCGAUGCUCAAAAGAAGAGCACCUGA